UUGGAAGUGUAUGGAGGUAAGUGACUCAGUCCCAAUCCAGGGGCUGCAGGCUUGGAGGGCUGCAGCCCCUGGAUUGGGAUGAAGUUCAGUUUGUUUGUUGCCCGUCUUAACUGUUGCAUCUCCAAACCAAAUCUGCUGUCGCUCAUUUCCAGAAAUGGCUGCUCCGUCCUUCAGCGCCGUGGUGAUGGGUAGGAGCGUAGCAGUGGUGGAGAAGAAGCUGUGUUGGUCUGAUGCUCUGUUCUACUGCAGAGACUACUACUGGGACCUGCUCAGCAUACGCAGUGAGGAGGAGCAGAGGGAGGUGGAGGAGGUGCUAAAGAGCGUCUCCUUCCCCCUCACUGAGCGUGUUUGGUUGGGCCUGCGCAGGGACUUGAUGGGUGACACCUGGUUCUGGAUGUCUGGUGAUCCCAUGGAUUUCAACUACUUGGAGACUCAGUCCACCUGGGAAAUCACCAGUCCAUGCGGUGCCAUGGACAGCAGCGACAGCUACCACUGGGGGGAUCGUCCAUGUGGAGAGCACCUUCAUUUCGUCUGUUUGAAAGACAUCCAGAGAGACAACGAGAGAUUGGAGUUCUACAGCAGCAGCAGACCAUAAACGCAGCACCAAGAGAAAAUCACUCUGCUGGACCGUACAACGACCUUUACUGAUACGUCAAUAAUACACCUUCUUCUUUUUGACCUUUUGAAGGUCAUAACUUUCUGUGAUCAUAUAAAAUGUGAUAAAGUACGUCACAUGCAGAGACCAUAUAGUUUUGCUGUGGUGUAGCAUAGGUUGAUGUUGCCUUCAACACAAGCUGUGUCUUCAGUUUAGGAUAGUUAGAAGAUUGAUUGAUUGAUUUGUUUAUCUUUUGUUGUUGGUCUUCUCAGUCUCUGUUACAGGACUGUUGGGCUAAGGACUUGAUGAAGCUUGAGUUGCUCAUGAUGUUUUUGUAGUGCACAAGUCAAUGAACUUAAAAGAUUGCACCUUUAAAUAAACGUAUGUGAUUGAUAAAAUGAUGAUGCAGAGAAGUUUUAAGGUUAAGGCCCUGUGAGGAGUUUUGAACUGGCUGAGAAACAGACUGAAAAUGAUACUGAUGCCUCUUUAGCACAUUCAAUAGCAAUCAAGUCCAUCAGCAGCAACACUGACACCUUCUCCGUUGUCAUUUUUGAUGCCUGAAACCUCCCUGAGGGGGUAGGUUUCAGGCCAGAUGAUGGACAUCUCGCUUCAGAAACAGACUUUAUUCCACUGUUUUCAUGGAAAAUAUCACAUUGCCUGAUAAA